AUGAAUGACAGUUUGUCAGCGCCUGACACUGUUACUGUUAGUACACCUCAAGGAGGUGUCAGGAGUGAGAAAAAGUCUGUUUCCAAAAUGUCGUCAACUCUUCGACCUGAAGUUAGAUAUGGGAGAGCAGUGUCUCAGCCUGACGAGCCGGAGGAGGUUAGACUGGCCCGGUUUAGAAUUGGUGGCUGUCAGGAAGAUUCUUAUGACCAUGGUUCACCCAUUCCCAGUGCUUCAGCCCGGCGGACCCAGAGGAACAGUCGCAGGCGGACCAACCACUGCUUCUAUGGUGUAAGCCCUAACUGCAAAUUUGGACCCAAGGGAUUCCUUGUCAGUACCACAGCCUGUAGCCU